CAUCGCUGCGGAAUCUAAACCGCGUUCCAUCCCGAUCUCAUUCACUGCUGAUUCGCGAGUCUUCGUCUUCUGCCGGCGAUCGAUCGAGCGACGCGGCCGAGGGAGGAGGAAUCGGAGCGGGGAGAGGAAGGAGAGGAGGGAGAGAAGAUGGCGGAGAACCCGCAGCUGUUCGGGAACGGGAUGCCCGUGCCGUUCUACGGCGAGAUGUUCGUCCUCGCCCGCGACGGCGUCGAAUUCCACGUCGACAAGAUCCCAUCAGCUCCUGGGGGUCAUGUGAAGACAAAAGGAACAAUUUACCUGUCUAAUAUAAGGAUGGUAUUUGUUGCCAACAAGCCUGUUGGUAACUUCUUUGCUUUUGAUAUGCCCCUGUUGUUUGUGCACGGUGAGAAGUUCAGUCAGCCCAUAUUUCACUGCAACAACAUUUCUGGAUAUGUUGAACCGGUUGUUCCAGACAGCCAGAACAGGGCCCUGUACUCGACGCACACCUUCAAGAUCUUGUUCAAGGAAGGUGGCUGUGGUACUUUCGUCCCUCUCUUCCUGAACCUGGUUGCGUCUGUGCGACGCUACAACCAGUUUGAAGCCCAGUCUGCGGCUAACAUGGCACCACGUGUGGACCCUCUGCAAGCUGCGCAGACUCCUGUUGAUGAAAUGAUGCGUCAUGCGUAUGUUGACCCGAAUGAUCCUACCACGAUCUUCCUUCAGCAACCUGCUCCAGAAUCCCAGCUCAGGAGGAGAAACUACCACGGCCCAGCUGAUAAUUCAUAGUGACAUUUGGCUGGAUUGCCAAAACUUUCAUGCUCAAUUAACUAUUAUGUGCAUUUGAGCAUUUCACCUUCCUGCACUCCCAAGUUUCCAACUGGCUUCCUUUCGCGCGCCGUGUCUUGUGACUUUGUACCGUACAUAAUGUUGUGAUGGAGAGAUGUCUCAAUAAGUGGUGUAUAUAUGCAGUGGCCUGUUGAAAUAUUAUUACUGGAGGGUAACAGUUGCCUGGUUUAUUGGACGACCGUUACCUCGCAUGUUGCGGAAGCAGCAAAUAUUGCUAGUGUUUAAUGUUUCUGUGCA